AGGACCGGGGUCACUAUGAGCCUGAUGCUGGAGACGCUGCUGGGCCCCCCGGGGGGGCUCCGCAAGGAGCCGGGCCGCGCUGCCCCUCGCUCCGCUACCUCCAGCGGCUUCCACUCGUGGCCGGGACCGGUGGGGCGAGCUCGGGGAGGGGGCGGCGGCAGUGCGGCCGCUUCCUCCACCGAGAGCCUGGACUCGCUGAACGGUGAACCGCGGGCGCGGAACGAGAAAGAGCUGCUGCAGGUGCUGAACGAUCGUUUCGCCGGGUACAUCGAGCGGGUGCGGGCGCUGGAGCAGCAGAACCGGGCGCUGGCGGCGGAGGCGGCGGCGCUGCGGCAGCAGCAGGCGGGGCGCUCGGCCAUGGGUGAGCUGUACGCGCGGGAGUUGCGCGACAUGCGUGGGACCGUCCUGCGGCUGGGCGCCGAGAAGGGGCAGCUGCGGCUGGAACGAUCGCGCCUUGCCGAGGACGUGGCCGCUCUCCGGGGACGGCUGGAAGAAGAGGCCCGGCAGAGAACCGAGCUGGAAGCGGCGGCCCGCGGGCUGGCUCAGCGCUCCGCGCAGGCGGAACGGGCGCGGGGACCGCUGGAGGAGCGAGCCCGAGCCCUGCGGGAGGAGGCGGAGCUGCUGCGGAAGCAGCACCGGGCCGAGGUGGGUGCGCUGCUGCGAGUGGCCCGCCCCGAGCCCCCCGCCGAGCCCCCCGCCGCCCUGCGCCCCGGUGUCACCGCCGCCCUCCGCGACCUACGCGCCCAGCUGGAGGGCACGGCGGCCCGCAGCACCCUGCAGGCCGAGGAGUGGUUCCGCGUGAGGCUGGACAAGCUCUCGGAGGUUGCCAAGGUGAACACGGAUGCCAUCCGCUUGGCCCAGGAGGAGAUCUCUGAGUACCGCCGCCAGCUCCAGUCCAAGACCACUGAGCUUGAAGCCCUCAAAGGGACCCAGGAGUCACUGGAGAGGCAGAGACAGGACUCAGAAGAGCGCCAUCAUGCAGACGUCCUAUCCUACCAGGAAACCAUCCAGCAGCUUGACAGUGAGCUGAGGAACACCAAGUGGGAGAUGGCAGCUCAGCUCCGGGAGUACCAGGAUCUGCUCAACGUCAAAAUGGCCCUGGACAUUGAAAUUGCUGCCUAUAGAAAGCUCUUGGAUGGGGAGGAAUAUCGGAUCGAGUCUGGCUUUGGGAUGAUCUCCUUCCCCGAGGUGGUCCCCAGGGCUCCCAGCAUCACCACCGACAUCAAGGUGAAGAGUGAGGAGAAGAUCAAGGUGGUGGAAAAGUCAGAGAAGGAGACAGUGAUUGUGGAGGAGCAGACAGAGGAAAUCCAGGUGACUGAGGAGGUCACAGAGGAGGAUGAGGCUGAGAAAGAGGCUGAAGAGGAGAAAGCUGAAGCAGAGGGUGAAGAAGAGGAGGCCAAGUCUCCUGCAAAAGAGGAGGCCAAGUCCCCAGAGAAACCUGAGUCCCCCUCAAAAGAGGAGGCCAAAACCCCAGCUGUCAAGUCCCCUGAAAAGCCACCAACCCCCUCAAAGGAGGAGGCCAAGAGCCCAGCUGUCAAGUCCCCUGAAAAGCCACCAACCCCUUCAAAAGAGGAAGCCAAGAGCCCAGUGGUGAAGUCUCCAGAGAAACCUUCACCUCCUUCAAAAGAAGAGGCCAAGACUCCAACUGUCAAAUCCCCAGAAAAGCCUCCAACCCCCUCAAAAGAAGAGGCCAAGACCCCAACUAUCAAAUCCCCAGAGAAGCCCCCAACCCCCCCAAAGGAGGCCAGGAGCCCAGCAGUGAAGUCUCCGGAGAAACCCUCAACCCCUGCAAAAGAAGAGGCCAAGAGCCCAGCUGUGAAGUCCCCAGAGAAACCCUCAACCCCUGCAAAAGAAGAGGCCAAGAGCCCAGCUGUGAAGUCCCCAGAGAAACCCUCAACCCCUGCAAAAGAAGAGGCCAAGAGCCCAGUGGUGAAGUCCCCAGAGAAGCCCCCGACCCCCUCAAAAGAGGAGGCCAAGACCCCAGCUGUGAAGUCCCCAGAGAAGCCCCCGACCCCCUCAAAAGAGGAGGCCAAGACACCAGCUGUGAAGUCCCCAGAGAAGCCCCCGACCCCCUCAAAAGAGGAGGCCAAGACCCCAGCUGUGAAGUCCCCAGAGAAACCUACACCCCCCUCAAAAGAGGUCAAAACUCCAUCUGUCAAAUCCCCAGAGAAACCCCCAACCCCCUCUAAAGAGGAGGCCAAGACCCCAGCUGUGAAGUCCCCUGAGAAACCCCCAACCCCCUCUAAAGAGGAGGCCAAGACCCCAGCUGUGAAGUCCCCUGAGAAACCCCCAACCCCCUCUAAAGAGGAGGCCAAGACCCCAGCUGUGAAGUCCCCUGAGAAACCCCCAACCCCCUCAAAGGAGGAGGCCAAGACUCCAACCGUGAAGUCCCCUGAGAAAGUAAAAUCUCCUCUGAAGGAGGAGGCCAAGUCUCCGCAGAAGGAAGCGGUCCCGGCCAAGGAGCCCACCCCAUCCCCUCCAAAGGGGCCAAAAGACCCUGCGAAGGAAGCACAGCCCAAGGAGGUGAAGGCUCCCUCCGAGCCCAGAGCCGAGGAGGGCAGGAAAGAGGAAGCUCCCAAGAAAGAUAUCCCGGCUAAGGUGGAGGAGAAGCCCAAAGAGAAGGCGGCUGCUGUGGCAGAGCCUCCGGCCCCACAGGUGAAGGAGACCACCAAGCCAAGCCCCAAACCUGCAGAAGAAGGAAAGGAGAAGGAGGCUCCACCAAAACCUCAGCAGGAGGUCGGCAAAGUGGCUGCGAAGGAGGCCGAGAAGCCAAAGGCUGAGGAGAAGGUGGAGGAGCCCAAGAAGGAGAAGGUGGAGGAGCCCAAAGCUAAAGCAAAACCCAAAGAUGAGGCCAAAGCCAGUAAAGAGCCCCCCAAGGCCGAGGCCCCCUCCAGCAAGGAGGGCAAAGCCCCGGAGCCAGCACCUGCCGUGGAGAAGAAGUGAGCGGAGCCCCGGGCGCCAAAGAGCACUUCUGGGCAUGGGAGCUGCUCCACUCCCCUCCGACGGCCGGGCCCAGGGUGGGGACCCCCCACCAGGCCAGGCUUUACCUUAGCAAUAUGUCCGUGUGAGAGACGCAGCCCUGCCCCGGCGGUUUGGCCGAUAGCUUCCCUAGCAGAAUGUGAUAUACGCCGAGCGCCACACUUAAACACUUGAAUUAUAGCCGAGGAGAAGAGACCCCGGGGGAACCGACCGCCCUUCUCCAAUAAGUGCAUUUAUUUAAUGUAUGUGCAAUCGAUGGAUGAGUGCAACGCAGAGCUCUAGCU